AUUUUAAUUGAUAUCCUUUAAAAAUGGACAAAAAAACUUAUUUUUUUAAAAUUUGAAAUAUUUUUAGAAGGUUUAUGUAUGGGAUCCAGAAUUUGAAAUCAGGAGUUGAAAAAGCGAGUCCACCGCUUGUCACAAAGUUUCGGGUUUCUCUCAGGAAACAAGCAAUGGGAGAUUUGGAAUUUUGAGUUUUUCUCCGCAGCCAAAGAAGAAAAGGUAAUGAAAAUCUUGAUUUUUCAAGUUUUUCUUAGAAACCAAACAAGAGAAGAUCAGCGCUGAGUUUCAGGAUUGCACUGUUUCAGGUUCUGAAGCUGAAAUUUCGUUGAGAAAUAUGUCCCUUCUGAGUAGGUUCUUUUACAGAAGACCCCCUGAUGGCUUGCUUGAAUUUGUUGAUAGAGUGUAUGUUUUUGAUUCAUGCUUUUCGACUGAAGUUUUGCCCAAUGGGAUGUACCAAAUAUACUUGCAUGAAAUUAUAAACGAGUUACAUGAGCAAUACCCCGAUUCAUCCUUUCUUGCCUUCAAUUUUCGGGAAGGUGAGAAAAGGAGUCAGUUUGCAGAGAUUCUGUGCGAGUAUGAUGUCACUGUCUUGGACUAUCCACGACAAUAUGAGGGCUGUCCCCUCCUUCCAUUGUCUUUGAUUCAGCAUUUUCUUAGAGUUUGUGGCAGUUGGCUUUCACUUGGGAGUCAGCAGAAUAUUAUUCUGCUCCAUUGUGAGAGAGGGGGUUGGCCGCUCUUGGCAUUACUUUUAGCUAGCUUCUUGAUUUUUAGAAAAUUGCACAGUGGUGAACGUAAGACGCUAGAAAUCGUCCAUCGAGAGGCUCCAAAGGGUUUUUUGCAGCUCUUGUCUCCAUUAAACCCAUUUCCAUCUCAGCUUCGUUAUCUCCAGUAUGUGGCGAGAAGGAAUAUAUCUCCAGAAUGGCCACCUCCUGAGCGAGCUCUUUCUUUGGAUUGUGUGUUUCUUCGUGCUAUUCCAAGUUUUGAUUCACAGAAUGGAUGCAGGCCAAUUAUUCGUAUUUUUGGUAGAAAUCUCCAUAGCAAAGGUGGGCUCUCAACCCAAAUGCUAUUCUCCAUGUCCAAGAAGAGGAAAACUAUUCGACAUUACUGCCAGGCAGAUUGUGAUGUGAUUAAAAUAGAUAUUCAGUGUAUGGUGCAAGGAGAUGUUGUGCUAGAGUGUGUCCAUUUAGAUGUGGAUUCAGAAAGGGAGGUUAUGAUGUUUCGUGUAAUGUUCAAUACUGCUUUUAUUCGAUCCAACAUUUUGAUGCUAAACUGUGAAAACUUGGACAUACUCUGGGACUCAAAGGAGCGGUAUCCAAAGGGCUUUCGAGCAGAGGUUCUGUUUGGCGAUGUCGAGAGCAUCUCUCCUUCAAGAGCACCGACUGAAAUUUUAAAUGGCGAGGAGCAAGGUGGAUUGCCUAUUGAAGCCUUUUCUAGGGUUCAAGAACUCUUCAGUGGUGUUGAAUGGGUUGACAACAGUGACGAUGCUACUUUAUGGCUAUUGAAACAACUGUCUGUUCUAAAUGAUGCGAAAGAACUUUCAAGAUUUCCAAAUAAAGUCAGUUCACGCACAUCACCUGCUGACUCAGAAGAAGAAAAUAAUGCAUCUAGUAUUGCUGAUAGUUUGGAUUUUAUGGAUUCUGAAAAGGUUAAUAGCCUGACUAACACAACUGAACCUGCAGAUAAUUUCCUUGAUGAUCCCUCAUUUCAGGAUUCCGCUUCUGAUGAAGCAACUGAUAUUAUUCCUAGUCCUCCAGCUGCUUCAAAUCAAGCGUCCAUUGAAACAGCUAUGUCAUCUGUUCACCAGCAAUCAUCAGGUCCUAUUGAAGGAUCUCCGCCUACCUUACCACCUCCUCCACCUCCUCUACCUCCCUUUGCUAUCUCUGGUACAAUUGCCCCUCAAGCUGCAUCCUUACCAUCAUCAGCACCACCACCACUGCCCCCACCCUUACCUGGAAGUGCUUUGUCAAUGUCCCAAUCAUAUGCUUCCAACAGAAACCUUCUGCCUCCAUCCACCUCUACACCACCUCCACCUCCACCUCCACCUAUUAGUUCUAAUAAAGCGCCGUCACCCCCUCCUCCACCACCUCCUCCACCUCUCCCCAAUGUAUCUAAUGGAAAUCCUUUAAUGCCUCCCACUCCUGCUAGUAGAGGUCCUCCACCUCCCCCACCACCUCCCCCUCCUCUCCCUGGUGUCUCCAAUAGUGAUACUUCCAUGCUUGCUGGUAGAGGCCCUUCACCUCCUCCUCCUCCUCCACCUCCACCUCCCACCUCCAUUUCUUCUAAAGGGCCCCCUCCACCCCCUCCACCUCCAGAUUUUUCCUCUUCAUCUAGUAAUAAGCCAACACUGCCACCUCCACCUCCUCCACCACCUGCUCCACCUCUGCCUAUGUUUUCCUCAUCGAGUUCAACAUCUAGAUCUAGUUCAAGUCAUGGGGUGCCACCUCCACAUCCUCCACCUCCUCCACCUUCUUUGGGUUGUAAUCCUAGCAAUGCCACUCAACCACCUCUACCCCCACCUCCACCGCCGCUCCCUCCAGGAUCCGCCCGACAAGCUUCUUGCCCCCCGUCUCCACCACCAGCACCCAAGCCUCCUAGUGCACCCCCACCUCCCCCUCCUCCUCCACCAGCACCCAAGCCUCCUGGUGCACCCCCACCUCCCCCACCUCCACCACCAACAACCAAGCCUCUUGGUGCCCAUCCACCACCACCACCACCACCACCACCCCCUCCAGCACCAAAGCCUCCUGGUGCUCCACCUCCACCACCAAAGCCUCCUAGUGCUCCCCCACCUCCACCACCCAAGCCUCCUGGUGCUCCCCCACCUCCACCACCCAAGCUUCCUGGUGCCCCCGCUCCACCACCAAGUCAUGUCACAGUACCAGGUCCACCCCCACCACCUGGAGCAAAGGGCACCAAUGCACCCCCACCACCACCAACUGGAAGGGGAAGAGCCUCUUCAGGGUCAGCAAGUCAUGGAAGAGGUCGAGGUAGUACAGGCUUUACCACUGCCCCUAAGAAAGCUUCAUUAAGGCCCUUGCAUUGGGUGAAAGUUACCCGAGCAGUGCAAGGGAGUUUAUGGGCUGAUUCUCAAAAACAGGAAAAUCAGUCAAGGGCCCCUGAAAUAGAUAUAUCAGAACUUGAAAGUCUAUUUUCAGCGGUUUCUACCUCAGAUGGAAAGGGCACUGAAAAAGGUGGAGGUCGACGUGGUUCUAAUAUCAACAAACCCGAGAAAGUCCAAUUGGUUGAUUUGCGCAGAGCAUAUAAUUGUGAGAUAAUGCUGACAAAAAUAAAAAUUCCUUUGCCAGACAUGCUUAACGCAAUUUUGGCUUUGGAUUCUUCAACCUUGGACAUUGAUCAGGUUGAGAAUCUCAUUAAAUUUUGUCCUACAAAAGAAGAAAUGGAGUUGCUGAAGAAUUACCCUGGAGACAAGGCAAUGCUUGGAAAGUGUGAGCAGUUUUUCCUGGAGCUGAUGAAGGUUCCACGAGUUGAAUCCAAGUUGCGAGUAUUUUCAUUUAAAAUAACCUUUUCAAGUCAGGUGAAGGACUUAAGGAAUAACCUAAAUACGAUUAAUGAUGCUGCUAGGGAGGUGAAGGAAUCUGUAAAAUUGCGUCAGAUAAUGCAAACAAUUCUCACGUUGGGAAAUGCACUGAAUCAGGGCACAGCACGAGGAGCUGCCAUAGGAUUCAAGUUGGACAGCCUUCUUAAAUUGGCUGAUACUCGUGCAAGAAACAACAAAAUGACUUUAAUGCAUUACUUGUGUAAGCUCCUUUCUGAGAAAUUGUCAGAGUUGUUGGAUUUUGACAAGGAUCUUGUUCAUUUGGAAGCAGCGUCUAAGAUUCAAUUGAAAUCUUUGGCCGAGGAAAUGCAAGCUGUGAGUAAAGGUCUUGAAAAGGUUGAGCAAGAACUCACUGCCUCGGUGAAUGAUGGUGCUAUCUCUGCUGGCUUCCAAAAGGUCUUGAAGAAUUUCCUUGACACUGCUGAAGCUGAAGUAAGGUCGCUUAUCUCCUUGUAUUCUGAAGUGGGAAGAAAUGCAGACUCCUUGUCCCAGUACUUUGGAGAAGAUCCAGCUCGGUGUCCAUUUGAGCAAGUGACCCAAAUCUUAGUCGUCUUCAUUAAGACAUUCAACAAGUCACGCGAUGAUAAUGAAAAACAGGCUGAUGCUGAAAAGAAGAAAUUGGAAAAGGAAGCCAUGAAAGAACGGGCAGCGGGUAAUUUAUCUGCAAGAAAGGAGGGUGUUGAUAUUGAUAGGACAAAACUUAAUUUUCAGCAUCAGAGGCAUAACCCAUAAUCAACCUUGAAUGAUAAAGCAAUAGGAAACCCGUAUUAUCGUUAAUAUUAUGAGACAGGUAAAUGAUCCAAUUAUAGUUCUACACUCAAGUACCUAUGAGACCCAAGUUGGCGGCUCUGAUCGGCAACUAUCAUGGUCAGAACAUCAAACUGUGCUACCAUUCCAUUGUAAAUGCACAUUACUGCUGCUGGCGCUGCUGCAAAUACAGUUAUACAAAGACUGGAUGUAUACUACUAUGACAUGCAUUUUGUGUAGGCAGAACCAUCGGUGAUUUCAUGCCAGUCUUCCUAUCUGCUACACUGGUCCCCCAGUGUCAUCAAUGCUGAGUAUGUAACAUGCUUGUUUAAAUUGUUUAUUGUUCAUAUUGAAACCCUAGGUAUAGUCAUUAAUGUAGUAAGAUUGACAUCAGGCAUUUUUGCCUAAUAGAAAAAUGAAAAUUUUGUAAGAAGUAGCAUUUUAAGCCUAAUCUUUUUGUAAUUAAUAUGUUUGCAUGAGUGGAGAGGGAAUUUAUCCUAUCCAUUUCUUGCCAAGUAGGUAUAAAUUAUUGAAUAUUGUCCAAUGAUAUUGUAGAUUAUCCUACAGAUUAAUGUAAAUCAAGCUGAAUUUAUCCUGUUUGGGAA